AGACAGAAUUCGAAGCACAACACACACACACCACUUCGUUCAAAUCCAAACAAACUAAUCACAUUUCUUUAUUGUCUGAUCCCAAAACCCUCUAUAUAUCUCUUCCUCUCCACAACCCCGCACGUCGGGUCAAGGUCGUCUCCCAAACGCGUUUUCAUUUGCUCAUCACCUCCUCAAUCUCGUGUUUUGCAUUUGGUCUUUUCUGGGUUUCUCUCACUUGGGUUUUUCUUUCUUAAAGGCGACUCCAAGAACUUUUGUGGAAGUGGUACAAGUCAAGGGAAGGGUUUAAUACGGCUGCUACAUUGUGUUCUGAACAGCUGAAAGAGAAGUUAUCAAAUAUUCAUUCCAGCUGUUAUAGAAUUGGGAUUGAUUUCUUAUAAACAAUGAUUGGGAGGAAGAACAUGGGGCUUGCUUCACCAUUACUUCUGGUUCUUUUGGCUUUUGGCUUUUUCUUUGCCACUUACAAUUUUUUGACAAUGAUACUCCACUAUAGAUCUGCUGGGAAGUGGGUAGGUGAUAGUACGAAUGGUCGGUUACUGGCUGACCCCAUUGUCGAGAUGCCAGAGAAUCUGAAAUUCAAAAGUUCCAAAUCACCCUUCCAUGUUGCUUUAACAGCAACGGAUGCUCCAUAUAGUAAAUGGCAGUGUCGCAUUAUGUACUAUUGGUAUAAGAAGAUGAAGGACAUGCCUGGAUCAGAAAUGGGAGGAUUUACUCGAAUUUUGCACUCGGGAAGUCCUGACAACUUGAUGGAUGAGAUUCCCACUAUGGUGGUUGAUCCUCUGCCUGCCGGUCUUGAUCGGGGAUAUAUUGUCUUAAAUAGACCUUGGGCUUUUGUGCAAUGGCUGGAAAAGGCUACAAUUGAGGAAGAAUAUGUGUUGAUGGCAGAGCCUGAUCAUAUAUUCAUAAAUCCUCUUCCUAAUCUGGCCCAUGGAGGAUAUCCAGCUGCCUUUCCUUUUUUCUACAUUAAACCUACAGAGAAUGAGAAGAUCAUAAGAAAGUUUUACCCCAAAGAGAAUGGCCCGGUCACAAAUAUUGAUCCAAUUGGAAAUUCUCCAGUAAUUAUUAAAAAGGACUUGUUGGAAAAGAUUUCGCCGACAUGGAUGAAUAUUUCUUUGAGCAUGAAAGAAGAUGCAGAGACUGAUAAAGCUUUUGGAUGGGUGCUAGAAAUGUAUGCUUAUGCUGUAGCAUCUGCGUUGCAUGGCGUGCAGCAUGUUCUUCGGAAGGACUUCAUGCUGCAGCCUCCUUGGGAUUUGGAAAUUGGUAAAAAGUUUAUUAUUCACUAUACUUAUGGAUGUGACUACAACUUAAAGGGUGAGCUCACAUAUGGAAAAAUUGGGGAAUGGAGAUUCGAUAAGAGAUCAUAUCUACGUGGACCUCCACCUAGAAAUCUUCCUUUACCCCCUCCGGGGGUUCCUGAGAGUGUGGCCACCCUUGUAAAGAUGGUGAACGAAGCUACUGCUAACAUUCCUAAUUGGGACACACAAUAGGUAUCUGCUGCAUUGAAGAUAUAAAUGCCGAUACGAAAACUUAUAAUUCAAGUUUUAGCCUCGUAGGAAUAGAUGUACACAAAUCUAAGAUCUGAGCUGGAAAAACUAAUGUCCUUAUACGUUGAAUAAGAUUCUUGGUUAUCACUUGGAA